AUGAAGCGUCCCCUCAUUGUUUUUAUCUUUCUCAUCUUUUGGGAUCCAGCACUGGCAGGUUUGAAUCCAUUAUCAUUGGAAAUGUACAAGAAAUGUUAUAGAAAUGGCACCUGCAGACUCAAGUGCUACGGAAGUGAAAUGCUGGUCGCCUACUGUAUGUUCCAGCUGGAAUGCUGUGUCAAAGGAAAUCCUGCUCCCUGA